AUGUUGCAGAAGUUGGUCGCCAGCUAACUAUGUGGCAUUUUUAUCCAAUCGCAGUUCUUGCUUGGGAGUAACAGAAAAUGAUCUGAGUAGAGUAAAAACGCUUUUGCAACAGUGCGCUUAUUAUUACUAUAAUCAUAAGUUAUUGCCUAAUUGUGCAGAAGAUUUCAAUUGCCAAAAAGAUGUGCCAACUGAAUGUUACAUGAGAAAUGCAGCUUACCAUUUGCUGCACUAUCUUUUGGACGUUAAUUUUAUUCCGAAUCCGAAGAUGGAUCUGAAAAAUACACAAAACUUGACAUUGCAAUCUGCCAUGUUAUUUCUUCCAAUUGCGGCAAGCUCUGCAACUUUAGAUUUUUACAAAGCGAUAGAAAAUGACGAUUUAAUGUAUGGAAACUUUCGUGUUCAAGGCAUGCAACUUGGCCUAAAAAGUACAUUGUUUGACCGACUAUUAGUAUCUGACUCAAGUUUGGUACUUGUUGGUUUUAUCUUUGUUACUCUUUGUAUUUGGACAUACACUGGCUCUAUAGUGUUGACUAUAACAACAAUUUUCGCGGUGCUAUUUAGUCUUGGUAUCUCGUACGCGAUAUACACUUUAGUGUUACGUAUUCAAUUCUUUCCCUUUAUGAAUCUACUGGCCAUUGUUGUUGCUGUAGGCAUUGGAGCAGAUGAUGCAUUUAUAUAUUGUAAAGUAUGGGAAUCUGGAAAGCAGCAGAAGCUUUCCAAUGGCGAAUUAGUACAUUUGGUACAAACGACGAUGAAACAUGCUUUUCCGUCGAUGUUUGUGACAUCUCUCACUACAGCAGUAGCUUUUUUUGCAUCAAUUGUUAGUAAUGUGACUGCUAUCAAUUGUUUCAGGUACUAAUUUGAUUGUACAUAAAUACCAUUCUUU